GAUGUCACCACUUAGGCUCUUAUCCAAAAACCAGCCAACCAACCAACAAGUAUCUUCCUCCCAUUUCAUUUGCAGAAGAGGGGGUAAUCAAGCUGCUACAUAUUCAACAAUGGCUGUCAAGUGUUUCUCCAUUUCCAACACUCAAAUUCUAGCCUCUGCUGGCCACAACAACAGCAGCAGCAGCACUUCACAUUCCAUUCCCAAGACCUCUCCCUCACUCCCCAAAUUCAACACUACUCCCACCUCUUCCCAAUCCACUUCUCCCCAGAAACUAAAACACCCCAAGAAAAAGCACAAGAACCCAACCCAACCCUCCAUUGCAGAGAUCGAAAGAGCCAUCGGCGCCGGUGUUUUCCGCGAUCCUGCCAUUUAUAAGAGGGUGGAGUCAGGCUCUGAUAUUGGAGGUGAAUGGCCUGUGGAAAAGAAGUUGCGUGAGGUCGGGGAAUGGCUGCUAGCCGCCACUGAAACGUCGCCCGACACCUCUUCUCGAAAUAUACUGAAGACUGUGUUCUUGUGGAUUCUACCAAUGUGGGUUUUAGCAUUCCUUGUAGCUGCCAGGAUUAUACAGCUGCCCUUCACCUCUCCAUUUCUUGAUGAUCUGCUUUUAUAGCAUCUUUGUUCUUCAAUAUUUCUAAAUUAUGAACAUAAUUGAGGUAGAAUACACAUACAGAAUUAUAUGUAAUAAGAAUAUAAGAUCAAAUAAUAUCUUAUUACUUACAAUCAAA